AUGAUCCUGGGGCCCACCGCUGUCGUGCCGCGGCGGACACCGCCGCGGCGGACACCGCUGUGGCGGACAGUGAAGAGAUGGUUCUCCUACGAGGACACCUUGGCCUAUCGACUUCACGGUCCCAAGCCAUUGGCCGUCGUAGUGCAUCCAGUGGUGACUGCUGGAAAAUCCACGUGGGGCAAGCCUUGGCCACAAAUCCUUUGGGACGCCGAAGAGGCACUUGGUUUGGCCCGCGCCAAUCGUUGGGAUUUGCUUCCAGGACCCAACGAGACUCCUCACGGCGGAUGGGAUGAUGAGGCCUUCGCCACCGCGGAGGCCCAGGAUCUGCUGCGGCGGCAGCAGAGCGGCGCCUGGACGGCACCGGAGGGCUGGCACCUGGACCGUGGAGAGGAGGAGAGCGACGAUGAGUACGACGUCCACGAGGCGGCCUGGCAGAACGGCGUCAUCAAGCGACAGUUCGCAGAGACCACGGUGGUGAAGGUGAGGCUGAUCGAUUCCAACACCUAUUUUGGCAAAGGAAAGGUGGCUGAGCUGGCCAUGUACAUUGCCCAGAAUCCCUGUGACUACCUCUUCGUCAACACGACGUUGACGCCGACGCAGUCACGGAACUUGGAGACGGUCCUCAACAACGCGGUGGCCGCCGGAGACGCGCAGCAACGACGAGAUGAAAAUCGAGGGAUACCUCCUGGAACAAAGUUUCCAGGCCUCGAGGUGAUCGAUCGAAAUCGCUUGGUCUUGGAGAUCUUCAACCUACGGGCGCGGACGCCACAGGCAAAGGUCCAGGUGGCACUGGCGCGACUGGAGUAUAUGAAGGGUCGCCUGUCGCUAUGCACCAAAAAGCAGAUGAAGGACACCAUCCGACUCCUACAGCAGGAGGUAGGGCCCUUCAAGGAAGUUCAGGGUUACCCGAACAACGUGUAUGCGCAGUACCACUACGAGACUUCUCCCUUUGAAACUGAGAAGUCUUUGCUGCGACAAGCUGAGCUUCGCUUCAAGAAGAUGUUGGAAACUGAGAAGAAGGUCCGGAAGAAGGCCCGCGAGAAUCGAGAAGGUGUCCCCACCAUUGGCAUCGUGGGCUACACGAAUGCAGGCAAGACAUCGCUGAUGAACCGCCUCACCGAUGCAGGCCUCCGGGAACGUGAUUUGCUUUUUCAAACCUUGGACACCACGAUGCGGAGGGUGAAGCUUCCGUCUGGGGGGCACGCCAUCAUCGCUGACAGUAUCGGCUUCAUCCAACACUUGCCGCACAAUCUCUUUGCAGCUUUCCAAGCAACCUUGGAAGAGAUCAUUGACUGUGACGUCCUGUUGCACGUUCGCGACAUUGCUCAUCCACAACGCACCAUGCAGAAGGAUAUUGUCUUGAAGACUCUUCGAAGCGCUGGAAUGUCAGAGCAAAAGCUGCAAUCUUCAGUCAUCGAAGUUUGGAACAAGAUCGAUUUGUUGAAGGCCAUGAGCUUCGUUCCACCGGAAGCGGUGCCCGUCUGUGCAGAACAAAGCAGCCCCUGUGACUUCGACCACGAGCUGAAUCUUCGCAGGGCUGAUGGCACUGGAGUCAAUGACCUGCUUCAGGUGCUUGAUGCAGUGAUCGCUGCGCAAGUGGACAAGCAGUGCCGGACCGUGGAGUUCCCACAGGACGUCAUGGCACAGGCGAUGUCCUUCCUGAACCGCCACGGCAGCAUCCAGGAGGAGACCUUGGAGAUCGAUGACUCCGACGCACCCAUGGUGCGCCUGGAGGUCUUGAUGCCGGCGGUGGCCUGGCGUCGCUGGGCCAAUGAGCUCCAAACCUGGCGAAGCACCGCCUGGGCCACUGGGUACGCCCUUGGAGCCUGGCACCUUGGUUUGGGCCCGGGCAGCCCAGCGGUCAAAGAGUCAAAGAUGGCUGGAUGGCCUUUGCUCCCGCAACAAGUGGAAGCGGGCAACGACUCAAAAGUGCUAGCGGCUAGCGAGGGAAGCGAGGAUGGCGACAACACCCAGGAUGUUGGGGGUGCCGAGGGCAUGAGCGCUGGCACCAUGUCCCGGCGGCUUCGGAAGCUGGCGCGAGAGAUUUUGGAGCUGGUCCGUUUGGAAACUGGUGGAGCCAGUGAUGAAGACGGCGAUGCUGUGACUGCUUUGCACACCUUCUGGAAGCUUCGGGACAAAGUUACGAAGCUGGCGCGUCCGCGUCGUCGGGACCCGGGCUACAGCGACCCAGACGAUCCCGGGGGUCCCCUCGAGCAGCUGAGUGUGGCCCAACUGGUUCGUGAGCUGGCGAAGGAGUUCCUGCAAUUGUCGGAUGAAGCAACCUGUGGGGAAGGUAGAUACGACUGUGAGCCCACCUACCUCGGAGAUGAUGAGGGCGAUCUCACAAUCUGGCGCGAGAUUGUGGAAGCUGCAAAAGGUCCAGCCUUCCAAUUGACCACAGGGAAAGAUGCAGCCACAGAUGUGAGACAGAUUCUGCUGGCGACUCGUGGCCUUGAACGGCGGCAUGAAAUCAACAGCAGAAACGAUCAAAAUAGCCUGGACAUGGCCACGGUUUGUGGAACCGAUUCGGUUCACCUCACAAGACCCACGGGCCUUUCGACAGGGCAGGCUGCCUCGAAUGCGGGACAUCCUCAGCAGGUGAGUGAUGGUGGCACCUGGGAAGACCAUGAGGGACCUAAGGGAAGAUCGCAGUUGGAAGGAGUGCUUCAAAUGAUAGACAAGGGUCACCGAGUUUGCACUCGUGGACAUCCGCUGGUAGAAUGCUUAGACCAUUGCAAGCAACUUCACAGGUGCAGCUCCUGCAGCUCCUACAUUGGUUUAUUCGGCGUCUUGCGAUGCCACCAGUGCGGCUACGAUCUAUGUGCCAAGUGUCGAUAUGGGCCGGUGGCCCUUGGUGCCAAAAUGUUGCGCACGAAGGAAGAAAAUGAAGCAAUCUUGCAACAUAUCGAAAAAGCUCUUCAGAUGCACCAGGAAAGUGGUGACAUCGAUGCAGACAUUACGGGAAAGCUUUGGGUGACCCACGGCGAAAUCAACGAAGCGCUUGGCAAUCACAAGGAAGCAAUCCAAAACUACGACAAGGCCAUCGAGCUCAAUCCUGAGUAUUGUGUGGCAGUCUUUCGCCGCGGCCGCUCCAAGCGUGCUCUUGGCAGGUAUGAAGAAGCAAUCAUGGCAAUCCAAGACUAUGACAAGGCCAUUGAGCUGGAUCCCAAUGAUGCAGCUAUGACAUUCUUCGCCCGCGGCCCCAGGCAUGCUCUUGGCAGGUAUGAGGAGGCCAUCGAGGACUUCUACAAGGACAUUGACGAGCUGGAUCCCAAUGAUGCUGAGACAUUCUUCUCUCGCAACCCGACCUUGCAGGAGGCCAUCGAAGACCUCGAGAAGGCCUUUGAGCUGGAGGAGGCCAUCAAGGACUACGACUACGACAAGGCCAUUGAGCUGGAUCCCAAUGAUGCCGUGGCAUUUCGCAACCGAGGCUACUCCAAGCAGUCCCUUCACCAGCAUCAGGAGGCCAUCAAGGACUACGAUAAGGCCAUUGAGCUGGAUCCCAACGAUGCUGUGGCAUUUCGCAACCGCGGCUACUGCAAGCAGAUCGUUGGCAGGGAUGAGGAGGCCAUCCAGGACUACGACAAGGCCAUUGCAAUGGCAUUCCGCCGCCGCGCCGAAUGCAAGCAGUCCGCGGAGGCCAUCGAAGACCGAACGAUGCUACGACAUUCUUCGCCCGUGGUUCCUGCAAGCAUUUCCUUGGCCGGCACGAGGAGGCCAUCAAGGACUUCGUCAGGGCCAAUGAGCUGCGUGGGCGAAUCUGUCGUUCCUCGAAGGAGGACUCCUCCGUAG